AUCAUCGUACAAUCACAAGUUAUCCGUUAUUAAAAAUACUCGUUGUGAAAUAUGUCUGCUGCAAUUCACGUAUCACGUGUACGUACGCUUUAUAAACUAAUUUUCCGUGUGCAUCGAGCAUUGCCUCCUGAACUACGGAUACUAGGCGAUAAUUAUGCAAGAGAAGAGUUUAAGAGACAUAAAAAUUGUAACCCUCAAGAAGCUAAUAUAUUUCUGAAUGAAUGGACUGACUAUGCAAUCAAUUUAGCGAAGCAAAUGAAACCCCUGCAUCAAGCCAAAAGGAAAACUGUGGGUAAAUAUCUAAACCCUAAACUAUUAGAUCAUAUGACUGAUGAGCAGUUGGUACAGUUGUAUGAGUUACAUAAAGCAACCUCUCUGCAAUCCGAUGAUUCAGACCAAAUAAAUGUAUCCAACAAAGACAGUACUGACAGAUAGUGAAGUAUGAUUUAUUUUAUUAUUAUCUAAUAUGUGCAAGCAAUUUGUAAUUUUAUUUAAUUUAAUAAAAUGUAGAUAAAACUUAUUUAUAAAUUGUAUACAGUUUGACAUUAAGUAAAUAGUGCUUUUAAAGUUUCAAUAUUAUCUUAA